AUGCGUGGCAUCUCUUGUCCUUCCGUCACGACUGUGAAGACCAUGAUUCUUAUCUCGGAAUAUGCCACGAGGGCUGAUGAGCGUGCACUCACUUUUGUCACAUUGGGGUGUUGUUACCAGAUCAUGCGACUACUAGGACUAAAUUCUCCCGAUAAGAUCGACGAACCGCAGAAUUCAGAUGACUUGAGACGCAAAGGGACCGAGCCUUUUGUACCGGAGUCACCCCGAUGGCCUCUAUCCCAAAACCGUAUCGAGGACGCGAAAAGGCAAAUGAUAAAGCUCCACAACGGUGAUUCAGAAGCUGAAAUUGAUUUUAAAAUCGAGGCACCUCAGCAUGCACAGUCCAUAGAGCGCAAGGGCUCUUGGUCUGAAGUUUUCAACAAAGAUAACCGAACUCGUACAUUGGUUGCUGUGAUCGCGAUGUUUGGACAGCAGAUAACUGGUCAGGUUUUCGCAAGUCAAUACUCGGCUAUCUUUUUCCAGUCGGAGGGCUUCAAAAACCAGGCAUUUCUUUUCAACAUGCUCACAAAUGUUGCGUCACUUGUCUAUCUCAUUAGCACUUGGUUUAUCAUUGAUCAAGUUAGUAGACGAAUAAUGUUGCUUGUACGUGGAUCGGGAAUAGCUAUUUUCAUGUUCAUCGUCGGUGCAAUUGGGGUGUUAAGCCAAUCCUAA